AUGUCCGACUCGAACAACCAGAACAAGGGCGAGGAGCAGUCCUUCACCAUCCAGCCCCACCCAGCUACCACCAACGACCCUAGCACCGACCCUGCCCUCAACUCGGGUCUCAAGGAAGGUGUCUUUGGCGGUGGAAAGCCCGGUCCCGCCGUCGUCAACGCUGAAAACCUCGAGGAGCCCCUCAAGCCCCGUUCUUGGAAGCUGUUCUGGCUCGACCAACUCUUUCUUCCCUUUGUGCCGAUUUGCAUUCCCUUUGAUGUCGAGGGUCAGGAUGAGGCUGCUGCCUUGACGCUGUCAAGGCGGAUGGUGGAUCUAGCUGGCAGCGCAGCAGAUAUAUACAGCUGGCCUGGUUCCGGAAUGGAUUUUCUUUCCGUCCUCACCGCAUUGACUCACAUUCUCUUCGACCUCGUCAAGAUGCUGCAAUCCAACACCAACGCCAGCUCGUUCAAGCUUCAACCUGCUCCUCGACCUAAGUCCAAAAAGCGUCCUCUGGAUGCUCCUCCUGUCUCUUCUUCUACCGAUGCAACCAAGCCGUCGGACGCUGGUUCAGUGCGGUCGUGUUUCGAAGACGAUGAGGACUCGGAGGAAGAAGAAGCGGCCUUGACACCCAAAGCGUCGCUCUUCAACGUCCAUGUCUCGCCCACCGUCGCGCCUGCUACUUGUCGUCAUCGUUCGUCCACGCUCUCCACCUCCGCCCGUCCGACCAGCUCGGUGCAUCGUCUGCUCAAUGCGAUGUCCAUCCCACUCUCCCCCUCCACUCGACCGUUGUCCACUGCAUCCUCCCCCUCGGCGACGGUCUCGAUCAUGCUGACCAGCAAAUCGCCUACCCCGUCCUCACCCCUCUUCCCGCGUCGAACGCUGAUCCGAAGCCUCUCGUCCACCUGCAUCAAUCCGUCUUCUCGAUCGCCCACUUCUCGUCCCUCCAAUCUGCGAAAGAGAAUGGGAUGGAGGGGGUUCACCUCAGCCGCCCGUGCGGACGAGCUGUCGAUCCUCCUAUCCCCGGGAAGCCCACUCACCCCGCGGCGUGCCGAACAGCUGCACACCCCCACCCAAGCCAGCAUCGACUCCCUCCUCCACCAUCGACUGGAAGAAGUCGACGAGAUGGAACCCCUAAGUGCAACGCUCAAGGCGCUAGGUGCAAAACGAAAAACGCACCGAUUUGGAGAGACUUGCUCUCCACCGGGUUCAGCGUUCGACGUCAAAAGUCCAGAUACGAGUAUGGGUACAACGGUGGGCGAGUUUGAAGUGAUGACGGCGGAGAGAAAGAUUUUCAACUUGCCGACGUGGGUGCGGUUUGAGGCGAAUCACCAUGCGCGUACCAAGGUGGUGGAGGAGAAUAGGAUGGCUGCGAAGGCGAGUUCUGCGAUAAAAGUUGCGGGGGUGGAGACAGAGGUGAAGCGAAACGCAUCGAUCAAGGAGAAGGAAGGCUUGAUGGGCCCAAAGACGAGUCAACUGGGAGACGUCGCACCUUCCAGUCCCAACGGAAGUCUCUUGGGUGGGUUCGAUUUCGACACCACCACCCAGCGCAACGAUGCUCCAAAGCAGCAGCAGAAAGGAGAAGUAGUGUCUGUCGUCAGACGUCUUCCUGUUGCAGCGAUUCGUGGGUUGGAUUGCAAAUCUUCGCGCGCCGAGGCAAAGGUCAAAUCCUCCUUUGCCUCGGUUUUUCGUUCCGCCCUUCACCCACCUUCUCGUCGGAUAAAACCUGGCGUAGAAGAGGAAAGACGUGAUGGGUGGGGAGGCAUUCUGACACGUACCAGUUGGUUCCCUUCCCACACCAAAGGUCCUUUAGUUUCCCCCACCCCAGCUAGAAAAGUCGGGUUAAAGAAGAUGCUACUCCAACCAACCAAGGAGGACGAGUGGGAAGACGUGCUCUCACCCAAACCCUCGAGGAUCGAGGAAACCUCCUUCUUGGAGAUGAACGAGAAACCGCGUUGGAAGGUUUUUCCUAACCGCCCCGUCCAUCCAGAUCCACCAUUCCAACUCAACACCUGGCACACCCGGCCCCUUCCCAAAGCGGACGUGAUCGCCAGUCAACUCAUCACAAACCACAAAAGCGUCGAAAAUCGUCCCAUCUCAACGAAAUUUCGGUUGGGGAAAACGCGCACGCUGGUGUUGGUCAUCGUGACCGUGUGCGUGAUUGCCCUGGUGGUUAAUGUCGUGAUAGUGAAGGAGACUGGGAGCAAAUCGGUGACGAGCGGAGAUGGGAAGAGGAAGGUGUUUGAUCCACUGGUGGGGAACAUUGAUGGGUUGAAGGUAGCGCCCGCGACGGCGACGACGGUGUCGGUGGAUCCGAGCGUGGCGAAGGCGGCGCACAUGUCGCAGCCCUAA